GGGACUGAGGCAGGUGGUGGGGAAGACGCGCUACUUUCACGUCCUCGCGCGGGAGGUAGGCGCGCCCCCAGCUGGUGCCGCCGCCACUCACGUCGCCACGCCCGCCGCCACCGCCACGCCACUACUCAUCCACGCCCAGUAACAAGCAACCAACGCAAUGUCUGAGGACGACUCGAGAGGCGAGGAGGUGAAGAAGGGGGAGGAGGAGGAGGAAGACACAGACUCCGGGGAGAAGACGGAGAAAGAGGAGCCAGCCAAGGAAGGGGAGGAAGCGCAGGAAGAAGAGGAGAAAUCCGACGAGCCACAGCCACCCAAGAAGAGGGGCAGGAAGACAGGGUCUGGUGCCUCGCCCGCUAAAAAAGCCAAGAAAGAAAAGGAGAAAGGAGCAGAGGGGGCCACCAAGAAGAAACGUAAGCCAGUCAAGAAACACCCUAAGACAAUGGACAUGGUUGUGGAGGCAAUCGACAGGCUGGGAGAGAAGCGAGGUUCCUCCGUCCAGGCCAUCAAAGCGUACAUCGUACAGAACUUCAAGACGGUGCGAAUGGACAUGAUCAAGUCAAUGCUGCGCCGCUCCCUCACUAUGGGCCUCCAGCAGGGCAUUGUGGCAAGACCCAAGGCACAGGCUGACACUCAGGUGAUGAAUGGCAGGUACCUCCUUGGGAAGGCAGCCAAGAUGGAGGAUGAGGAUGAGGUGAUGCCACAGCAGUCCAAGCGUGCACAGGAAGCCAAGAAGUCUGCCAAGAAGCUCAAGAAAAAGGCAGGAAGGAAGCCCAAGAAAUCCCCCAAGAAACCCGUUGCCCGCAAGGUGUCCCAGGCCAAGGCUAAGAGGCCCAUCAAGAAGGCUCGGCGCGGCAGAAAGUGAAGGCGUGAGCUGGGCCAAGGGUGGGGAUGUAUGGGGAAAAAUUGUAGUUAGAAAGAUUUAUUUUAUUUUAUGAUUGAUUUUUAUAUUUUCAUUGAUGUUGGAGCUCAUUAUAUCAUCGCCCAUUAUGCAGCAGCAGCAGCAGCAGGAGCAGGAGCAGCUUGGCAUCGUACCUCACCAGGACUUGCCACCACACACGCCACACACAAACUCGAUUCACGUCUGCACAAUUCACUUCCUGAGUUGUGUGCACCUUCUGCAGAUUGUCUCCUUUUACUUGAAUUUUAAGGUGCAGAUGUUACUUUGAAGCCUUGCAAGAAGUACGACUUGGGAAUGAACUGUGGAGACAGGAUUCUAGACUGGUCACGUGGAGGUCCACUUCAGAAACACCGGCAUCAAGCGCUUUAUUGCUACAGCUUUCAGUUGUGAUAUUAUAGCCAAAUUCAUAUUCAUCAUAGAUACACAAUUCUUUUAACAAAAUAAAUUUUUUUUGUUA